AGAGCCAAUACUCUGAUGCUCGCCGGCACCUCCAUUUGCCACCUGCCCACUGCUCGCAUUUUUGCAUAUGGCACCCAUUUCGACAUGCACCCCAUGGGUUUUGAAUGGCUCGACGACGAUAUCCGAAUCCUCGUAUAUGAAUCAACUGCCUCUGCACGUACUGAACAUUGGUACUUCCAAAACUCUGCUAUGGAGGAUAUGGAUGCAGAUGGCUUCGUCACGGCAAAACUCAUUCCAAUUACUUUAUGGCCGCCA